GAGACUGCAAUUAAGGCAUCUCGGGCUUCUAUUAUCGUGUUGUCUGAGAACUACGCUUCUUCAACAUGGUGCCUGGAUGAAUUGGUGCUGAUCCUUGAGCAGCGUAUCACAUCCAACCAUAUUGUCAUCCCAAUCUUUUAUCAUGUGGAGCCCACUCAUGUCAGGAAGCAGCAAAGUAGCUUUGGAGAUGCAAUCGCCAAGCAUAAACAGACAAUGGAGGCAGAGACAUAUGCAGAUAAAAGAAGUCAAUUAGCUCAAAAGAUGGACCGAUGGAUUAAGGCACUUGUAGAUGUUGCUAAUUUAAAAGGAAAUGACAUAAAAGGAAGGUUAGAGACAGAGUUUAUUGAAGAAAUUGUGAAGGACAUCCAUCAUAAAUUACAUGUACACUUAAGGAGAGUUGGACCACAACUUAUUGGGAUGCAAAAUCAUAUUAACUUUGUAACUUCAUGGUUGAAAGAUGGAUCCUCACAUACGGCAGACAUACUCACUAUUUCGGGUAUGGGUGGGAUCGGGAAGACAUAUUUAGCCAAACAUGUCUAUGGGCUAUAUUCUCAUGAAUUCCACAAAAGCAGUUGUAUUGAAGAUAUUAGUAGGGUUUGUGAUGGAAAGUUUAAUGGGUUGCUUGAUUUACAAAAACAACUUUGCAAUGACAUCUCAAAAACAAGUUCAAUUAAAGUUCAUGAUGCUUUGGUAUACACCUCAAAGAUAGAGAAUAUUGUAGCUCGUAAAAGGGUGUUUCUCACUCUUGAUGAUAUCAACACCCUUGAUCAGUUGGAUGCAUUACUUGGGAGCAAAGGUUUUCAUCCAGGAAGCAAAAUAAUUAUAACCACAAAGGAAAGACGUUUGAUAGAGAGGUGUGCACUAUUCAAAACAGACAUUAAACCAAAGCAUACAGAGCUCUUGCUUCAAGGCUUACAUGAGACCGAAUCAUGGAAACUUUUGUGUCUCCAUGCAUUCAAAUGCAAAUAUCCCAAGACAGGUUAUGAAGGGGUGUUUUAUAAGCUUGUGAAGUAUUGUCAAGGACAUCCAUUGGCUCUUGUAGUAUUGGGAAAAUUUCUAUAUGAUCGAGAUGUAACUUAUUGGGAAGGGUGCAUAGAAGGGCUAAAGAAAGAAACAGAUUCUCAUGUGAAUAAUGUCUUGAGAAUGAGCUUUAACUCUUUGCAAUCCAAAAAUGAUAAGGACUUGUUUAAGUAUAUUGCUUGUUUUUUUGUUGAAAUAGAUAGAGAUGUUGCUGAAACAAUAUUACAGGCAUGCAAUAUAAACAUAAGAUCUGGAAUCCCGAAUCUCCUCGACCGAUUCCUUCUUACAAUUGGAGGUAAAAACAAAUUGAAGAUGCAUCAGUUGGUUCAAGAGAUGGGAAGAUUCGAAGUACAUCAAGAAUCACAUGACAAGCCAUUGAAGAGAAGUCUAUUAUGGUGUCAUGAGGAGUCAUUCAGAGUAUUAAAACAAAAAAAGGGUAAGGGAAAUCUUGUUGGCCUUGCCCUUGACAUGCGCAUGCUUGAGAAAGAGAUGUUGGGUGCAUCAUAUAAGCUAAAAACAGAUGCAUUAAGUAUGAUGGAUAAUUUGAUGCUACUACAACUCAAUUAUGUUCACAUGAAUGGGUCUUAUGAGAACUUUCCACUGGAACUAAGAGCUCUCGAGAGGUUAAUAGUUAGAAAUUGCACUGGUUUGCUUGAAGUUUGUGAAUCAAUUGAGCAGUGUGUUGAACUUUCCCUCAUCGAUCUAAGCUACUGCAAGGAGCUUAAAAACCUUCCAAGAAGUAUAGGCAUGCUAAAGAAGGCAAUGGUGGGUGUUGAGGAAAAGGUAUUACGUAGCUUGGGCUGGAGUAAUUUACUCCAUAACAAAAGGAAUGGGGGAAAUAAUCCUAGGAAAUCUCGAAUGCAGAUGUUAUAUGAAUUUGGAAUAUUCAGCACGACAUAUGACACAGAGGAGAUGCCGAGUUGGUUUAUUCAUAGAAGCGCAGGGCCAUCGAUAUCAUUUACAAUCCCAUCAUCAUCUCCAAACAACCUCCUUAAAGGAAUCAACUUCUGCUUUCUGCAGACAAGGAGAGUUUUGUAUGAGAGGCCUUUAAUUCUACUUGAUCAUUUCCCCGUUACACCGAUGAUCACAGUUAGUAAUAUAACAAAGAACCGCAUGUGGAUAUACGAACGUCUCUGGGACAGAUACUUUGUAGAUCCAAAGUGUUGGGUGGUGUUAAGUCAUUGGAUGUUUGGGAUGAAUGAGAUGGAGCCUGGUGACCAUGUUACUAUUACUGUUACAGCACGGCGUAAUGAACUUACAAAGGAGUGUGGGGUGAGUCUUGUGUAUGAGGAUGAUGGAGAGAAGAAGGAUGAAGAAGAAGGUGUGUUGGGUUAUUACAAGUCAUGGAAUCACAUAAUUGGUGGAGAUCUCUCUCCUUUUCAGACAACUACAGGACAAUUCAUCCUAAGAAACCAACAGUUUGUUACAUGUGGCAUUGUAUUGUUUCCCUAUCAUCGUAAAUUCGUUCCAGACGGCCCCGACAUUCAAGUAUGAAAGGAAAAGUUUUGGUUCAGAGCUUUAUCCCUAAGGAAGCUUGACAUAAGUCGUCGCGCACAUGAGGGUGAGGGGGGAUCUUCAAGGUCUCAUCCUUCACAUGAAAAGGAUUGAGAAAGUGAGGCUACAUGACUGGCAUGAGUUGAAAAUAGAUGCAAUGGGAAAAUGGGUAGCCUGAUGCUAUUGCAAACUCAAUCGUCUAUGACCUAAUUUUCCAGAAGAAUUAAGAUAAUAUAUACCAGCCUCUACUACAAAAUUGAACACAUUUGGAAUUGUAUGUUAUUUCCACAUGAUUCUUUUAAGCAUAGGUAUCAAAAUUAAACACUUCUUGAAUUGUGUGCUAUUUCUUGAUCAUAAUUUGAGCUGAAAUCUUGACCAUUGCCUUAUCAACAAUGUCUAUCGUGUCUAUGGACUCAAAAGCUCAAAUCCUUGAUAGGAUUCUAUAAUUUAUUUGGAUACUACGUAAAAUUCACUUGCUACACCUUAAUAUGGGAAUUCU